AUGGUAAAGAAAGCAAAUGGUGAUUGGAGACCAUGUGGGGAUUAUCGUCGUGUUAAUGCAAUAACCGUCCCCGACCGAUAUCCCGUUCCGCAUAUCCAAGAUUGUACGCAACAAUUCGAGGUCAUGACGAUAUUUUCAACUCUAGAUUUAACCCGAGCGUACCACCAAAUUCCUGUUUUUCCUGGGGAUAUUCCGAAAACAGCGAUUACAAUGCCAUUUGGCCUCUUUGAAUAUGUAUAUAUGCCUUUUGGCUUGAGAAACGCUGGUCAAACUUUUCAAAGGUAUAUACAUCAAGUUUUGUCAGGGUUUAAUUUUUGUAUCCCAUAUUUUGACGAUUUGUUUAUUGCAUCCAAAUAUGCAGAUGAACACAGAGAACAUUUAAGACAAAUUUUCACAAGGCUUGAAGAACACGGGUUAAAACUUAACCCUUCAAAAUGUGCUCUCGGUAAACCGCAAGUUUCAUUUUUAGGGUGCUUAAUUACACCAUCAGGUGUUAAGCCUUUACCCGAAAAGCCUUUCAACCUACCUUUUGAGAGAUUCCAGCACGUGCAUAUUGACUUAGUUGGACCCCUUCCACCCUCUGUUGGUUUUAACUAUUUGCUGACGUGUGUUGAUCGCUACACUAGGUGGCCGGAGGCCAUCCCUCUCAGUGACGUCUCAGCGGAAACAGUAUCCAAGGCCUUCGUCGCUCAUUGGGUAUUUUGGUUUGUAGUUCCUGCCAUCUUGACUACAGACCAAGGCCGACAAUUUCAAUCCCAUCUCUUCUCCUGCCUGAAGUCUAUGUUUGGAAUGCAGCGAAUCCGCACAACCCCCUACCAUCCUUCUUCAAACGGUAUGGUUGAACGGUUCCACCGUUCUCUGAAGCAAGCUCUUCGGUGCCACAACACCAAAUGGACUGAAUCGUUACCAGUAGUUUUACUAGGACUGCGAACUUGCUUCAAGGAGGAUCUCAAUGCAUCUUGUGUUGAGAUGGUCUAUGGACAAACUGUCGUCUUACCUGGAGAGCUCUUUGAACCACCUUCCGAUGCUCCAAGUGAUCCUUCAACUUAUCUUUCGAAACUUUGA